CGAGGAUAUGAUGACCCAGGUACUAUUUGCCAGACCAGGGAAGUGCUUCACGCUGUCUCGCUGGCCAGUCACCAGGCAGAUCCAGAACCCAGACACCGCCCGGCCCGAUGGCGGAACACCCCCAGCAGACGCGCCAGAGUCCCGACGCGGCCAGCCCGAUGUCGUGGGGCAGCGCUGAAGGAGGCGCUGACGAGGAAGAGCUGCGGGAGGCGUGCGGCGUCUUCGGGUGCGUGGUGGCCAGGAACACGCCGGAGGGGAGUGUGAAUGCGUCGCAGGUUAUAUACUUGGGGCUGGUGGCUCUGCAGCACAGGGGGCAGGAGAGCGCGGGCAUCGUCACCAGCGAGGGCCUCGGAUGCAAGCAGUUCCACUACCACAAGGGGGAGGGCCUCGUCGCCUCCACCUUCAGGGACGAGAACCUGCAGAAGCUCAAAGGUCAUCUGGGCAUCGGGCACACCCGGUACGCCACCAUGGGAGGUCGUGACCCCAGCAACAUCCAGCCCUUCAUGGUGCACACGCGACACGGCCCCUUUGCCACCGCGCAUAAUGGGGAGCUCAUUAAUGGGGUCGCGCUCAGGAAGACGGUCCUCGAGCGGGGCGUGGGGCUCUCGACGAGAUCCGACUCGGAACUGAUCACCCAGAUGCUGUCCCUGACGCCACCCCGCGGGAGAGAAGGACGGCCGGACUGGGCUCGGAUAAGGCACCUCAUGGAAGCCACGCCCACGGCCUAUUCCCUCGCCCUCAUGCACGAGGAUAAGGUGUACGGGGUGAGGGACCCCUUUGGCAACAGGCCGCUGUGUAUCGGCCGCAUAGUGAGUCUGUCUGAUAAGAAAGACAUGACGCAGCCAGAAUCAGACUUGGGUUGGGUUCUCAGCUCCGAAUCUUGUGCGUUCCAGUCCGUUGGCGCGACGCUUAUACGGGAGGUCUUCCCCGGGGAGAUCAUCGAGCUGAGUCCCGACGGGAUUCGGUCCCUGGAUAUCGUCCCGCGUCCGAAGCCUGCGAAGCCGAUCCGCGUGGGAUACGACCAGACCGUCAUUCCUCACAUGCUGCAGAUUCCUCCUCCGGCUUUCUGCAUCUUCGAAUAUGUCUACUUCUCGCGGUCUGAUACCUUCUACGAGGGACAGCAAGUCUACACCGUUCGGCAGCGUUGUGGUCGCCAGCUUGCCAUUGAGACUUCCGUUGAUGCUGAUAUUAUUUCCACUGUGCCGGAAUCCGCUACUCCGGCUGCUAUGGGAUAUGCAUUACAGUCUGGCAUUCCCUAUGUGGAAGUCCUGUGCAGAAACAGGUAUGUGGGGCGCAGCUUCAUCCAGCCAGACACCCGUUCCAGGCAACUUGCAGUAGCGAAGAAGUUUGGGGCCAUCACAGCUAACUUGGAAGGGCGAAGGGUGGUGCUAGUGGAUGACUCGAUUGUUAGAGGCACGACCAUUGGGCCGCUGGUUCGACUCCUGAAACAGUAUGGGGCUAAGGAGGUCCACAUCCGCAUUGCUUCCCCGCCCAUUCAGCACCCGUGUUACAUGGGCAUCAACAUCCCGACUAAAGGGGAACUCAUUGCCAACACGAAAGCUCCCGAAGAACUGGCUGGUUUUAUAGGUGCUGACAGUCUGGCAUACCUGAGCAUAGAGGGCCUCGUGAAGGCAGUGAGUGCAGGUGCUCCUAAAGACAAGGAUAUGUCUGGAUACUGCACGGCUUGUCUUGAUGGAAAUUACCCUGUGCAUCUCGAGUGGUGAUCUCUUCUUUAUAUAUUAAUCUCAUUUUCUCCUCUCUUCUCUCUUCUCUCUUCU